UGACCCAGCAGUUAAGCAAGUAAUUAUUAGCCUCGAUAAGAAAGAAAAAGUCAUUAUUGAAGAUCUUGAUGACAAUCAUCUUUUAAUUGAUUCAGCACGUGUUGAUUAUAUCAAGAAAGAAGUUGAGAAGUUGUUGGAAGAAAACACAUAUAAAUCAGA